GAUAAGAAAAUGUCGUUAGGUUCUCUCCUAGUUUCUGAAGAUUGGUUGAGACAGCAUAAACAAGUUAUAUUCUGAACAGCCAAGGCAGCAUUCUCGCAUAGCUAGCCUCUUCAGACUUUCAGAGAGCGGUAGAGAGGAGAGCUGCCGCCAUGGGGAGGCCGUCGUCGACGGAGAGGCUGGUGUGCGUCGUCCUGGCGGUGCUCGCCGUGCUCUCGCCGCUGUACAUCGACCGGCGGCGGCCGGCGGCGUGGGACAGCGACGACGACGAGGAGGGCGGCGGCGUGUCGGCGCUGCUGCUGCCGGCGCUGCUGAUCGUGCUGAUCCUGGCCAUCAACGUUACGUGCUUCGUGGACCGGAGGGUGGUCAGGUUCGACCCCUACUGGAUACACCGCGUCGGGGGCUCAUCCUGCGGCCUCAUGGCCACGCUGCUGCUGCUCGGCUUCGUGCUCAAGUGUAAGGCGUCUCUCUAGAGCUAGAGCUAGCCACACCUCUGGGUGUGUUUGGAUAAUGGGAAAGAGGGUGGGAUUGGGAUUGGAAAAUGAACGAAGGGAUUGGAUUAAAUGGAAGAGAGAGAAUAAAUGGCUAGGAUUUAAAGAUACCUUUUGAUGGGUGGGAAAUCAUUUCCCUAUCACAUUAUCCAAACAAUGCCUCUAUGUGCUGGGAAGUGAGGAUCUCAUGUGGAAAUGUGGAAGCAGCUAUUGUCUCUGACUGGUUUACCUUGAUAUACUGGCAGUUUGGGCUGUCGAUCACCUGUUAAAACUUAAGACUUAUAGUAAUACGCUACGCCUAUAAAUUUUUUAGGUC